AUGGGCAAGAGAAUUCACAAUGUUGAUUCACCCUUGAGACAAGUCGACUCUGAACCCCAUCAACACAAACAUUCGUUUCCUUCGGGCAUGUGGCAGAAAAUUCAUCAUUUCUUUGCCAAAGAUGACCCGACUCAAAGUCCGAUCGAAUGUACCGAGGAUGACCAAUGGCCCAGGGAGUGGGAUCGAUCCGAUCCCUUCAAGCACGAUCUAUCUUCGUCAAGGCCUGUGGGAGUCGGACUCCCAAGACAGGCUACUUUCAGGCGUCAAAACUCGGAGAGGCGAGAACGACUUCUCCCUAUCGAGCCCUGUCAUGCUGAGCGAAGAGCCGUCUCUUCGACCCGGAAUAUAUCAACAUCUCUCCCUAGACCGAGGGCGACUUCAUCACCCCCGAAUUGGGAGCCAGGUAGAUCAUCUGCUCCCACCGUAGGCUUCUCGGCCAGGGCCGAAGCCACGACGAUGCAUCCCAACAUCAUCGCUGCCACUUCACUUGAACCAAUCCUUCAAGCUUUAUCUACUACAGACGACCUCUAUUCGCAAAACGAGAACCGACCACCUCGGCCCCCUUCGACUACCUCUUCGGACGAAUCUCAUUAUGGUGACAGACCGGCGGUGGAUGAUAAGGCUGACCUUCGAGCGGAACUUGAUAGUCGAUGGAUUCUUAACCUGAGUAUGCACUUUAGAGACAAGUCGGACCGGGAAAAGUUUUUCGUCACCUACGCCCAGACACCGAAUCAUUGGCGACGGGUUACCGUCUCAUGUGAUUAUCGGAAUGCUGAACCCGGGUCCCUGGAGAUGGAUUUGAAAGAGCUUCAAUUCCAGCGAGACAAAAGCUUUCAAAUCUACGAAUCGAUCCGCGACUCUCUUCCAGAGAUCCAGUUCUACGAUACUGUCACAAACCUGAAAUUGGAGACCACCGAUGGUAGAUUGCAUGUUCAUGUGACUGAGGAUGUGAACGAGAUUAUCCCAUACCCACCUCGAAACACUGUUGCUCACAUCCUCAACGACCAUGAAUUUCAACCAAUGGAAGUUCGCGAAAGUGAGUUGAUCUUCGAUUCUCAUUUAUCGGGCUUUGUGUACAAAAUUCGACAUAAGGGGAGGGUUUUCAUCAAGAAGGAAAUUCCUGGUCCUGACACAGUGGACGAGUUUCUGUACGAGAUCAAUGCAUUACACGCUCUUCACGGCUCUAGUAAUGUCAUCGCACUCGAAGCGAUUGUGGUCGAUGAUGUCCGAGAAAAUGUCAAAGGUCUUCUCAUCAGCUAUGCUGAGAGAGGUGCCAUUGUGGAUCUUCUCUACGACCAUAGAGGAAGUACGCCCUGGGAAGAUCGUUGUCGAUGGGCAGAACAUGCAGUCCGUGGCCUCAGUGAGAUACAUGAGGAAGGUUAUGUCCAGGGUGAUUUCACUUUGUCAAACAUUGUGGUAGACGAUGACAACAAUGCAAAGAUUAUCGACAUCAACAGACGAGGCUGUCCGGUCGGAUGGGAGCCUCCCGAGAUCGCCACCAAAAUUGCAAGCAAUCAAAGAAUCUCAAUGUACAUUGGUGAAAAGUCUGAUUUGUAUCAACUAGGGAUGACGCUCUGGGCGUUGGCGAUGGAUGACGAUGAACCCGAAAGACAUGCGCCACCUCUGAGUGUGGAUGAAUUUCCCUCAGAGGUACCAGAGUGGUACCAAACCAUUGUCAGGAUCUGUUUAUCGACUCGCCCUCGGGACCGACUAUCAGCCAAGGAUUUAAUUGACUUGUUCCCAGUCGAGAGCUCAAGCUCCUCAGAAACACGUACAUCACAAAGAAAGCCUCCGUUGAAAAUCUCCCCACCGAAGAACUACAUAAACCCUGCAGAUGCCGUCGAACGCGAUGACAUUGAGCGGUUCAGCCACAACCAACAAGAUUUCGAUUGCCAUCCCUACUCCCCAGAAAGCUCAAGAGAUGAUUAUACGUUCACCUAUCCGAAAUCUUCCAAUUAUGAACUCGAGAGCCAGAGCUCGGCAUAUGACAGGCCAAGAGGUAGAAGACCACCCACAAACUUUGCACACCUUGGAACAAAUGAGAGACGCCACUGGAUGCCCAACGAUGUGACCGCGGCUGUGGUUGACGAAGUUGAACCGAACAUUGUCGCCAUCUCCCCGGGUGCCGAUCGUGAGUUUUAUGACGAAGUCGAACUUGGAGGACACCCGUACUUGCUGUCUAGAAGCACAUUUAGCCGAGAAGAAAUGGAAAUCCUCGGGGACGAUGCAUACGUCGAGAGACAAUCUGAAGAUCAAGUGUCCCAAUUCGAUGGCGAGUCCAUAGAUGUUGCUGGACCCAUGGACCUGAAUCAGCUAUAUUCUUCUAGACGCCCGCUCCUAGUGACAAGAAACUCUACCACAACGUCAGAUAUUACACCUCGAGGGAGCCAAACUAUUCUGCCUACCUAUAGUCCUUCUCCACCAGCAGAGUACGUCACUGAAGCAACACCCUCGGCGGUGGAUUUCAAUGAGAUGGGUAGUCAUUCCGGUCUUGCAGCUUCAGGAUCAGUAACCGAUGGACAAGGAGAUGACAAUGCGAGACAGUGGAAGGCAGAGCGUGGGUUUCCUCCAAGAUUGCCAUACGAAGACAGCGGUUAUGACGAACCUCUGAACCUGGGCGAUGAUGCUGCUUCCUCCAACGUGCCAGACUUGAGCAGUGGGUCAAACCCAUCUGGCAUAGCGGAACUUAGUAAACCUCCUGCUACCGAUAUGCAACCUUCUGGGCAGCUUCAAGGUCCUAUAUCAGGGCCUUGUGAGCUCUCAACCACCAAUGAGGGAAUCCGUCACCAGAGUUCUGGCGUUGUCACCCCGUCUGGCUGGCCACAACCCGCUUCAAAGACUCCCCUGAACGCAGAUAUAUCUCAUGGCCUAUCAGUCAACACCCUUCAUACGUCUGGCCCUAAUCGACUUGUAAAAGGGACGAGUGAGGAGGACAUUGCCAAUACUCCCAAGGACAUCACGCCAUGUGCCCUACUCUAUGGAGAGGCCGAAGGUGCUUUGAUCUCGGAGGACCCAAAACCACAAGAUGCUGCAGCAGUUCCUGAAUUUCAACCUGCUACUGGCCUGUCGCCAUUCGCAGAAGACGCUGAUCGAGCUGCACUCACAGAUCAGCAAGAGGGUACUGAGGAGCUCCCAGUGCGAGACGGCGUAAACGUUGUCCAUCAAAGUGUAUCCAAACCAGAUGCUCCCACGCAAAUGGCCGGUCCCGAGACCGACGGGGAUACAGAGCGAGAGCGAGAGCGAGAUGUGGUAAAUUCUUCAGUACAAGUCGACAUAGAGAUACAUGAUUUCGGCGCGUCCCCCAACGCGGCACCUGCAAUCUCAAAUGGAGUUAUUGUUGGCAAAUCGACUGAUAGCACAAAGUCACAACAGGUGCUUAAGCAUGAGGUCAAGGAAUCAGACCCUACCGUCACAAGCACCGAUGAUCGUACCUGA